UUCCUGUGCGCCAGCGAGGGAGGGGCCGGAAGUGGUGGUGACAAUGGCGGAGUUGAAGAAGCUGCAGAUUCGACUGGAGAAACUCGAGACUCGGCUGUACGGAGAGAGAGUGAAACAGGCUGGCCAGUUUACAGAUGCUGUUGUAAAAGUCCAGGCUUCUCUGGGGAAUAUUUCCAGCAAAAGAGAGAGGAUAAAAAUCUUGUAUAAGAAGAUUGAUGAUCUUAUAAAGUACUUGGACCCUCAGUACAUUGACAGAAUUGCUAUCCCAGAUGCCAUGAAACUAGAGUUCAUCUUAGCAGAGGAGCAAUUUAUCCAUUCCCAAGUGCGUCUUUUAGAAUCUGUGAAAAAACAUCGGCCAUAUCUUGAGAGUGAACACAUUAAGGCUGUUCCAAACUAUUCCUCAAAGGUGCAAGCACUGACCCAGGUUCAAAUUCAGGAGCAGGAUCAAUGUAAUGCAAUCACAGAAGAUGUAAGCAAGAUGCUUGAUGAGUAUAACAAAAUGAUUCUGCUCCUUUCAAAGCAGUUUGUUCAAUGGGAAGAACUGCUAACCAAGCUUGAAGCCGCAAAGCAAAUAAAGCCACUCUCCGACUGAUAUCACAUAGUAUGGGAGGAUCAAAAUGUUAUGUGGAAGUGGAGCAAACCAUUCUUUUUGCUAUCUAUAUAGUAUUGUAUAUGUAAUUAGUAAUAUUGGAAAUAAUAUUGUUUGAAAAUAUAUUCCCUACAAUUAUAUAUUUUAAAAUCUCCUGCAAUGGGAGAACUAGCAUUAUAUGAUAGUAAUCAGUGGCAGGAUGAAUGCCCUGAUUCUGAGUGUCAUAUUUCUAGGUUUACAUUCUAAUAUUUAAAACUUAAACGGACCAUAAAAUAUAAUUUUAUUCAUAUUUGAAAAAGAACAGGUUAUGCAUAUUUGCUAAUUAUUACCAUUCUUUUACAGUGUUUAAAGACUGGGUGAUUAGUGCAGAUAUGAUGCAAAGCUCUUUGUGCAAUCUAUGUAACAUAGAAUUUUUGCAGUUUACUAUCUCAUUGGAUUAAUUUGUCAAGAGGAUUGUAUAUACAUAUACUAAAUCCUUAUCUGUUUUGUGGAUUACUUUGGUAAUUGAGUAUUCUGUGAGAAGUAAGUACAAUGGUAUGGGCAGAGGAAAUGAACACCAGUCUCAGUAGUUGUGGACAGACACCAGAAGGGUCUACUGAGUAUCGUAUGAAAGUGUUGGUUUUGGACUGAGCACACUACCACCAGAAUGCAUCAAGCAUUUCUCUUAAAAUCUUGAGCAAAAAUAGUUAACAGUCACCAGGUAAUGCUAAGAAAGAGUUGUCUUUGAAUUAGCCACUCAAUUAAGAGAUUCAGUAUUGUCAGCUCCCAUGGGAAUAUGAGAUGCCUUUCCUUAUGGAGGACUCCUCUGUCAAUCACAGAGUUAAAGUCAUCUGCACCUGAAAUUCCUAGGCAGUUUCCCAUCUGGGUGUUAACUAGCCUGAUCUGAGAUCAGAACAGGCAUUCUCCAAGUAGCAAUCAUAGGCUAACAUGCAAAGGUCCUAUUUUAAAUUAGGCUUGUGGGAAUAGUGGAGUUAAUACAAUCUUACUAUGACACAUCGUGUUUUCCAUUAAGAUGAUAUUAAAAUCUUGUGAAGGGGUUAUGAUCCACAGAGGCUAUUUCUAAAUAAAACAAAUUAAAUAUAAAAUAACUAAACUAAAUCAUUAUAAGAAUUCCAUGAAUCUUAGUGGUCAUUGAGGAAUUCUGUUCACUGAAUUGCCAUGUCUCCUUUUACAGGACUGCCAUUACAAGAAUUCUAGGCAGUAAACCAUGAGGCAUCCAUUGAGCUUGUGGCUGUUACAUGUUGGCACUUUAAGGUCAUCUAUGCGUAUCUGAAAAAGGAUAAAGACCAACUGGCCAAUUGAGCUUUCGUGUAUAUAAGCUUAGUGUAACUUCUGCAGACCAUCAUCCCAUCCCCAGCCAGGCAGCCGCCUUAAGAAAUAAGAGACCACAAUCUGGACUCCCAGAGCAUGCACAGGAAUCCAUGAAGUCCUGGUCAUUGCAUUUACCUCCCUGCUUAAUUCUUUCUCUCUCCCCUGUACCUGCCCCAUCCAUUAAAACACACCAAGUAUAAUAAAAUACAUGAAGAAACAUCGAAAGUGCAAAGGAGUGAUGCCACAGUAGAAUGUCAGUCCCCUAGCAACUGAAGCCUUAAUUUAAAACAAACUAUCCCUCAUUAUUAGAGUUUCUUUUCUGUUUGGAGUUUUUUUUUAAAUUAAAGAUUCUUACUGCUGCUUCUAAAGCUUCUCAUUUCUGAACAAAUAAAUAUUUGGUAACCUGUGAA